AAAAAAUUAAAAUUAAUAAAAAGUUAUUCAGUUGGAUUUUUGCUCGUAGAGUUAACCAACAAGUUUUAAGGAAUGUCAAGGGGUAUUUUAUUUAAAAUGAAUAUAAUUUUUUAUUGUAUUUUCUUAAUCUCCACCAUUCCUUUUGUACGAAUGCUGAUAAAAAAGACUAGAGCAGUGCUAGGGGCACUCGCCUUCUGCACUCUCCGGCCAACACUUCCCCUUUCAUUGGGCCACGUAAGCUCGUUUCAGGCACUGGACAGAGACAUUUUCAUCCAAGAGUAUGAGGAGACAGAUGAAAAUCAAAAUCUCAAUCAAAUAAAAUUAGGGUGGUUAUCUGGUGAGCCUUCUAUUACUCAUGUUCUCAAGAAAAGGAAAAUUGGAGAGGAAGUAAUAGCCAUAGAGAUUAAGCACUUCAAUCAUCGACACGAAUUAAUACUUUGUGAUGAUGUUAAAGAUGAAAAAUGUUGUGACGGCUGCAGGCGGUCCAUCUCAACAUCAUCUUACUGUUGUGCUAAAUGCAAUUACAUCCUUCACAAGCGUUGUGCUGAGUUACCAAGAAAGACACGGCAUUGGGCUUUCAAGGACACCUUUACUCUUCGAUCUUACCAACAUUUCAUAUGUGAGCUCUGUUGUUUUUUCAGCAGUGGGCUUGGCUACAAAAUCGAGGCAAGUGAUUGCGCUUACUGCAUUCCAUGUUUUCUAAUUCCCGACUCAAGGACAUGGGCACCAGCCCGGUACAAGAAUGAUGAACAUCUUUUGGUACUCACUUACCGCGAUGAUAUUCAUCCUCAUUUGGAUCAAUGUGUCUGUGAUAUUUGUGAAGAAUCAAGAGAUCCAAAUGAGUGGUUUUAUUAUUGUGGAAUCUGUGAUAAUUUUGCUCAUUUCUUAUGUGUUCUUGGCAAAUACCCAUUUCUGAAGCUCGGACUGACUGACUAUUAUUGUUUUCAUGAGCACCCUCUCAGUUUUGCAAAGGAGGACUAUUACCAAGACUAUUCUAAAUGCAGUGUUUGUGGCAAGUAUUGUAAAGAUGUGUUCUUCAAAUGUACACAGUCAGGGUGCGAGUAUGCUAUUGACUGGGAUUGUAGAAAACCUCUUGGAAAUUGAUUAGACGAAGAUAGUCAGUUGGUUGCAGGUAACCAAAAGUCCAUGCUUUGUAUUCAUUAUUUGUUUUUUAGUUUCUUCUGCUAUGGAGCUGCAAUGUGUCAAAAAUUUAUAUUGUUGUUUGUUGGAUUGGUGUUCAUAAUACAAUAAUUCAGCAUUG